CCGGCCGUCGCCAUGGCGACGCAGCCGCGGCCAGCGAUUGGCCGAGGCGUGGGGGCCGCGCCCGUGACGUCAUAGGCAGCGCCAUAUAAGGGGCGGGGCGGGGCCGCCCGGCGCAGACGCGGCCGCGAUGGACGGGAGUUACGAGGCGUGCGCCGAGGCCGCGCGCUGGCUGCGGGCGCAGUUCCGGGAGCUGCCGCGGGUGGCGCUGGUGUGCGGCUCGGGGCUGGGGGCGCUGGCCCAGGAGCUGCAGGAGGCGCAGAGCUUCGACUAUCGCGACAUACCGCACUUCCCGCGCAGCACCGUGCCGGGCCACGCCGGGCGAUUGGUCGUGGGGCGCCUUGGCUCCGCCCCCUGCGCCGUCCUGCAGGGCCGGUUCCACCUGUACGAGGGCUACACCUCCAGCCAGGUGGUGAUCCCGGUGCGGACGCUGGCCCUGCUGGGGGUGCACACGCUGGUGCUGACCAACGCCGCGGGCUCGCUGCGCCCGGGGCUGGGCCCGGGUCACCUGCUGGUCAUCCGCGACCACAUCGACCUGCCCGGCCUGGCCGGGCGCUCGCCCCUGGUGGGGCCCAACGACGACAGGUUCGGGCCGCGGUUCCCCUCGAUGACGGCCGCCUACGACCCCGCCCUGCGGCGCCUGGCGCUGGCGCUGGCCCCCCGGGAGCUGCGGGCGCGCUCGGGGGUCUACGUGGGCGUGGGCGGGCCCAGCUACGAGACCCCCGCCGAGUGCCGCUACCUGCGCAGGGUGGGCGCCGACGCCGUCGGUAUGAGCACGGUGUCGGAGGCGGCGGCCGCGCGUCACCUGGGCCUGCGCGUGCUGGGGCUGUCACUCAUCACCAACUCCGCCCCCGCCGAGAGCGACGACGAGGAUGACGACAGCCGUGACGUCACGGCGGGCGGGGCGGGGCCCGAGGCGGGGCACGAGGAGGUGCUGGCGGCCGCCCAGGUGGGGGCGGGGCACCUGCGCGUGCUGCUGGCCGCGCUGGCCCCGCGGCUGGCCCAGAUCGACCACGCCCCCCGUGACGUCACGGCGGGCGGGGCGACGUCCUCGUCGGGGUGACGGCGUCGCUUGGGGGCGGGGGGGUGACGUCAUGUCGCGGUGGGGGUGGGGUGGGGGGGGGAGGUGACGUCGCUGGUUGUGCCUUGUCCCCCCCCCGCGAGUCGGGGGCGGUGCCUUGGGCCGGGGGGAAUCCCCGGGAAAUCCCCCCGGGAAAUCCCCCCGGAAAUCCCUUGGGAAUCCCCCGGGAAAUCCCAUGGGAAUGUUCUGGAAAUUCCCCGGGAACCCCCCCGGGAAACCCCCUGGGAAUCCCCCCGGGAAUGUUCUGGAAACCCCCCUGGGAAUCCCCUGGGAAUCCCCCCGGGAAGCCCCCCGGGAAUCCCCCGGGAAUCCCCAAAAAAUCCCCUGGGAAUGUUCUGGAAACCCCCCGGGAAUCCCCCCGGGAAUUUUCUGGAAAUUCCCCGGGAAUCCCCCGGGAAUCCCCCCCAAAAAUUCCCCCGGGAAUCCCCAAAAAUCCCCCGGGAAUCACCUGGAAAUCCCCCAGAAAAUUCCCUGGGAAUUCCCACAAAAUCCUUCGGGAAUCCCCCGGGAAAUCCCUCUGGGAAAUCCCUCUGGGAAUCCCCAGGGAAUUAAAAAAAAAAAUAAAAAUCCCCUGGGGAAUCCCCCCAAAAUUCCCGGAAAUCCCCCCAGAACAUUCCCGGGGAAUUCCCACAGAACCCCUCAGGAAUCCCGCGGGAAUUUUCUGGAAAUCCCUCGGGAAUUCCCGCCAAAAAUCCCUCCCGAAAUCCCCGGGAAAUCCCCCCGUGACGUCAUCAGUCCCUGGUCGUUAAUUAGCCCCGGGUCGUUAAUUAACCCCGAGCCGGGCUUUGCCUUAAUUUCGUGGGAAUCCGCCCAAUUCCGGGUCGUUAAUUAGUCCCGGGCCCUUAAUUAGUCCCGUGCCGUUAAUUAGUCCCGUGUCAUUAGUGCCUUGUCAUUAAUUAAUUCCGUGUUGUCAAUUAGUCCUGUGUCGUUAAUUAAUUCUGGGUCGUUAAUUAGUCCUGUGCCGUUAAUUAAUUCCGUGUCAUUAAUUAAUCCUGUGUCGUUAAUUAGUCCUGUGCCGUUAAAUAAUUCCGUGUCAUUAGUGCCUUGUCAUUAAUUAAUUCCGUGUCAUUAAUUAGUCCUGUGUCGUUAAUUAAUUCCAUGUCGUUAAUUAGUCCUGUGUCGUUAAUUAGUCCUGUGCCGUGUCGUUAAUUAAUUCCGUGUCGUUAAUUAGUCCCGCCUCAUUAUUUAAUUCCUUGUCAUCAAUUCUGUGUCAUUAAUCCCACAUCAUUAAUAAUUUGCAUGUCAUUAAUGCCGCGUCAUUAAUUAAUUGCGUGUCAUUAAUCCCGCAUCGUUAAUUAAUUGUGUGUCAUUAAUUCAGAGCCAUCAAUUAAUUCUGUGUCAUUGAUCCUGCAUCAUUAAUUAAUUCUGUGUCAUUAAUCUUGCAUCAUUAAUUAAUUCUGUGUCGUUAAUUAAUUCUGUGUCGUUAAUUAAUUCUGUGUCAUUAAUUCAGAGCCAUCAAUUAAUUCUGUGUCAUUAAUCUUGCAUCAUUAAUUAAUUCUGUGUCAUUAAUCUUGCAUCAUUAAUUAAUUCUGUGUCAUUAAUGCCGUGUCGUUAAUUAAUUCCGUGUCAUUAAUCAAUUCCGACUCAUUAAUUUCCAUGUCGUUAAUCCUGGGUCAUUAAUUAUUCCGAGUCGUUAAUGCCAAGUCAUUAAUUAGGAGUCAUCAAUUAAUUCCAGGCCAUUAAUUCCGUGUCAUUAAUUAAUCCCCACUCAUUAAUUCCGUCUUGUCCCCUCCGGAUUCUGCCUUAAUUCCGUGUCGCUAAUUAAUUAAUUAAUAAUUAGCUCUGUGUCCGUCCCCCCACAUUAAUUAGCGGCCAUUAACGAGCGGUGACCUCUCAGGGUUAAUUAUGGACCCCAGUGAUUAAUUACCCCGGGCUAAUUAAUUCCCUCCGGUCGCCCUUCCAGGUUCGUUAGCCUCAUUCUGUUAAUUACUCAUUAAUAACCAUUCCGGGCUAAUUAAUCCCCAUUCCUUAAUUACCCCGGAUUAAUUAGCCCACCCAGUUACGUGCUCCGAGUUCAUUAGUGCUGUCACAGUUAAUUAGCUGCUGCAAUUAAUUAUUCCAGGCUCAACAGCCCCUCAAUUAAUUAAUCGGGGUAAUUAAUGAUUAGUUAGGCCGGGCUGAUAAUUUAUUCAGGUCUGAUCAGCCCCCCCAGCUAAUUAUUAAUGCUUAAUUAUCCCCCGGAUUAAUUAAUCUAGGGCUAAUCAUUGCCGUUAAUUAACCAACCAAUCAAUGCCGACGGUGCCUGCGGUUAAUUAGCGAAGGCCAAUUAAUUAUCCUGCUUGAUAGGCUGCUGCUUCCAGGGGGCUAAUUAACCCCAGAGGAUUAAUCAAUUAAUCGAUGAUCAGAGGCUAAUUAGCCAAUCCCUGACUCCGUCCCCCUUAGCGCUGCUCGUUAAUGGAUUAAUUAAUGAAAUAAUGAAUAAUUAAUGGAUUAAUUAACCAACCAUUCCAGCUCGUUCACAUUCCAGGGCGCCCCUCCCCCCUCUGCUGGCCAGUUAAUUAAUUAAGGAGUGAUUAAGGGGGGGGGGCGUGGCCUCGUCCGACGGUUAAUGAGCGCGAGAAGCGGUGAUUAAUUACAGCUCGUUAAAGCCAAGCUGAUUAAAAGCGGUUUGAAAGUUC